GAGUAUAUACACACUUCAAGCAAUACUUAGCUCUCUAUAAUUGAAGGAGUGCUCGCUCAAGAGUCCUUUUUUAUUUCUAGCCUUCAUGUUUAUACCUUUCCCGUACCGUGCCGUCAUUUCCAGGGUGAGCGCAGGUCGAUUAUUAUAUCUAUCUUACGCGGGGUAAAAAAGAACGUUUGUUUCAGCGAUACAGUGGGCAGCUCAGCAGCUCACCCCGCCAAAAUGCAGGGCUUCAAUAUGGGACGCUAUGUGCCCCCGGACCAAGAAGGCCUCACAACUGGCAACAAGCUUGCCAACAGGCACCCACUAGGUUCCCGCGCCCGGAACCUACAUACAACUGGCGAACUCACCGUCCGAUUCGAAAUGCCCUUUGCGGUCUGGUGUUCGACAUGCAAACCCGCCGACAGCGUGUUAAUCGGGCAGGGCGUGCGCUUCAACGCACUGAAAAAGCGCGUGGGGAACUACUACUCAACCCCCAUCUACAGCUUCCGCAUGAAACAUACGGUUUGCGGCGGUUGGAUAGAGGUCCGGACUGACCCAAAAAACACCGCAUAUGUGGUUACGGAGGGUGGACGGAGGAGGGAUACAGGCGAGUUAGACAAGGGCGGAUAUGAGGAAGAUGGUGCAAUUACGUUACGGAUACCUCCCGGUGCUGUCGCGGGGGAGUCUGCGGAGAAGGACGCGUUUGCGAAACUGGAAGGGAAGGUCGCGGAUCAGAACCGCUUUAUGACAGAGAAGGCACGCAUGGAAGAGUUGAGGAAAAAGCAGGAACGUAACUGGGAGGAUCCAUACGAACAAUCGCGGAAACUGCGGAGGGUUUUUCGGGCGGAAAGGAAACGGAGGGAGACUGCGCAGGGGGUCACAGAAGCCUUGCAGGACCGGAUGAGUUUGGGGAUCGAGUUGUUGGAAGAAUCGGAGGGGGAUCGAGUGAGGGCGGGCAUGGUGGAUUUUGCCCCCGCCGGAAAUAAUACUGUGGGCGGAGCGGUAGCGCGGCGUGUGAUUUCAAAACCACUAUUUGAGACUAAGUCGCUACCGGCCACUCCGCCGUGUAGAGGGCGGGGAAAGAAGGAGAAGCGGUCCAAAAAACCAGAGGUCAUCGCGGCGGAGCGGAAGUUGUUGCUGCAGAAGGAGUUAAGUGGAAAUACGAGGGCCGCUGUUGAUCCCUUUUUGGUGGAUGAUAAUUCGGACUGGACGCCUGGGGUUAAGCGGCGGAAGACGAACGGAUCCGCAGCUGUGAUGCCACCCGGGGAUAUGGAUAGGUCGCAAGAACGCCGGAAAUGCGAUGGUAUCGAGAAUAAGGAUGGUGAUAGUGGCGAUAUGUCGAUUGCAGUGAACGGCAAUAGGCCGCGGGAGUUAAUGGCUACAGGCGCAGAUACGGAAACGUCCACUCCACGACAAGUAAUGUCAGCCAUACCCCUGGUGGGAUAUGAGUGGUCGGAUGAUUCCGAAUAACCUGCGUGUGAUCAGUUCCUUUUUUCUUUCCUCAUUUUUUCUGACAUAAACUGUACAUUGUCUCUUGUUUAUGUUCCUUUGACUCAUGAGAUACCCACUGGCGUUUUUGGCAUUGGAAAAUGUAUAUUUAGAUCAACGAAUUAUGAAAUGCAGAUAUGUAUAACAGUUUGUUCAAGGCUCGUUCUAUUCAUCUACGCAUAGUCGGGCCGUAUUGAUUUAUUUCACAUCGUCUAUCUUACAUGAAUUCGUUCCUCAAACGUUUUACUCAUUUAUGGAAAGGUUCAUAGCUGUUAUAGUUUUCUUCAAACGCUCCACGUAAUAAAACUGUACCUCUCCUCUUAUACCUCUUGUAUAGAGAUGCGACCACCGCAGCAUCCAGAAUGGAAAUUGCAGUGCAGACCAUCAUUGCCCACCAGCGGGAUCUUUCUUCGCCCUAAAUGGGAUGUUCUGAUCCUGCAUCCUGCCCUCCACUCGCCCCCGCCCAAGGUGUCUUCGUCGGUGCCUGCGAAUUAGGCGCUGAGAACUGUCCCGCAGCCUCUCGAUCUCGAUUACUGCUCCAUGGCGCCGUGGUCAUAGCAGUUGGUGGAGCACGCAAAGGUCUAGUUCCAAGCUGCGCCGCCGCGAAGGGUGCGGACAUCCCAGGGGCGGUAGAACCCACACCCCCGCCCAUGCCGCCUGCCGGAUUUGCCCAAGGAGCUUUCGUGCCUUGAAAUCCCCUUGUGGCGGGAUUGAUGGGGGGUGGAGAGGCCAUUUCGCCUGACCUUUCCGGCCGGUUCGAAAGGUGGACGGAUGGAGGUACUGUCACGGCUGUGGGAUCAUGUUCCCAACGGAAAAGGGAACCGAAGGGGAAAUGUUGGACGACAGGGAAUUUGGAGAGGACUUCGGCAUUGUACAUUUUGAUCAUGCCCUAAUUCCGUGUUAGCUAAGCCCGAUUGCCAUGAUUGUCAGGCUACCAAAGAGAUAUUGGAUAGGCCCAUACCUUAUUUAUUUUCCCCCAUCCAUCUCGAAUCCCGGAUAUAUCGUAAAGCAUUGGGCUAUGCUCCCAAAAUGGACCCCUCUUCA